AUGCUUAUUUUAUUAUUUGUGUGUUCAAGUAUAUUCAUACAAUUCGUUCAAGCACUUGGUCAUUGGAGUAUCGGUCUACAGUAUUCGGCUUCAGCUAUUGAUGAUUUCGUCUCGCUUGGUAGCAUAACCGUGGAUAGGACAUUUGAUAAUAAUUAUACAGCCCGUUUUCAAUCUUCUGUCAAUCCAAGCAAAUGGCAGAAUGAUCUCUUGCAAGCUGCAAAGAAUGGAUGGACUUACCGCGUUAAAGUCGAUGGUGAUAAAGGAGAGGUGCAGGGCUACAAUGAACCGUGUUUGAUGCUGCAAGCUAACGGAGCUCAUCAUUUUCGGGUAUUAUUGGAUCCUGAUCGUCAGGAUUUACAAUCUUUGGCUGUUUUUCCGGAGAAUUUAUUUUCUGUUGGAACAAAUUACCACUUUUGUGAAACAAAUUCGUUUGCAGAGGACAGCAAAAUAAGAGGAUCGAUUGUAGUGAACACAAUUAAUGAGUUGCCCCUGCCUGACGCUGUUUCAUAUAUUCGAAAGAUGGAGAAAGAGCGGCAAGCUAGGCAACAUGGAGCUCAGCAAGACAAUCGAUCAUUUAUCCAGAAAUAUUGGAUGUAUAUAGCUGCAGCACUAAUUUUUAUGGUUAUUUCUAAUGCUACAACUGCUGAACAAGGUGGAGAGUAG